UCAAAAUGUUUGGAAAUCUAUUCAAGAAGGGCGUUGUGGUUCUUCUAGGGCUGGUUCUAGCCAUACUACUGAGAGUAAUAACAACUUACUCCUUGAUGUUUGGGGGCUAUCAGUUCACUGCUGAUGUAGUCAGUUACUAUAUAGCUAUCACAAGUGCCGUUUCCGUUAUGGUUUUCCUGUUUGCGGUGAGCAUUUUCCUAGCUUACCUGACUAAUGAUUGGAUUAUCUUAGGGUCUCUGGGCAAGAGGUAUGAGGCCUUGAUGGAUGGCAUAGCGAAAAAGUGGCUUGACUUCAUCAACGACAACGAGACUCAUUGGACAGCCCUGGAAAAGAAGAUGAGAUGCUGUGGGCUGGAAGGACCGCGGUCCUAUAUGGACUACAUGCUGAGGGUUCCCGGCCACUGCUAUAGUCCAGGACUCAUCACCCUGGGCUGCAGUCAUAAAGUCGAAAACAUAUUCAACCCACUGCUAAACCUGGGUGGCCUCGUACUCAAACUGAUGGUUUUCCUAGAACUGGGCAUUUUCCUCUACUAUGCUUUGAGGAUUUUCAGAAAAUUCUUCGGCGUAAUUGGAAAGAAGAGGGAACAGAAGUCUUUUGGCCAAGCGACUCGGUACAAAUACCCUUUUAUGUACAACAACAAAACCAUUUAGAAAAUAAAAUGAUAAUGGCUCGCCUAUAUGUAUCCGAUAUGUCCGAUGUGUAUGGGCUUAGGGUGCCAAUUUUUAUCUAUGCCACAUGCACAUGCAGCUGACAAACCUGAACGGGACAAAUGAAAUAAAUUGAAAUUAGCUUCCUUUUGUUGCCGUUGACAAUUUGAAUAAAAUUAAUAUAAAUUUG